AUGUUACAAGAACUACCCGUUGAGGUCAUCCAACAGAUUGCCGGAUACUUGCCCACCGCCUCAUCAAUUGUCAAUCUCUCCCUCACAAACCACAAGUUAUAUGAUCUUGUUUCAGCCGACCACUAUGCUAUCUUUCGGGAGUUUGUGCAAAGACAGUUUCCUUCCAUCCGAACGCCUCCAUUCUGGAGAGAUGCUGCUCGCGUCUUGACAUCGCGGUCUCGUGCUUGGGACCGUCGAGCAUUCAUUGCCCGAGAAUGCUGUCCACCGCCCGACAAUGUUGACUUUCCACAAGGAUACAAUCCAGGCUAUACCGUCGGCUAUCGGCCAGUCAUUGACAGUUACCAGGUGUGGCAAGGAGGGUCUUGGUCUAGUCGCAAGGAAGUCCUGGCCUGGGGAGCAGCAGGAAGAUUGAGGACGCGUACCAUCAAAGACGGAGUAGCCACCUGGAGCUCUUUGAGGAUCCCCGAGGAUUACAGACAAGACCUCGACAUCCUGGAUGUCCGACUUCUGCUGCCGCACCAACAUGAAAACAGCGAUGGCGAGACCAUCAUCCUGAGGAGGGCCAACCAUGAAAUAGUCAAGGUCGAGACAUCUUCGAAGUCUGAUCAUUUCACCGAAAAUUCAAGAUAUGUUAUGCGAUCGGAGGAACUGUCGUGCAUGGAUAUCACCAGAAGUGCACAGCCUAUCCUGGCAGCACUCGAUAACAGUUCCAUCCAUCUGUAUCCGGUCCACAGUUCAGAGCGGAAUGUACGCCCCAUGGACAGUGUUCCGAUCCAGGAGAAAUACACUGUCCGCAAACGCAUGCGAUGUGCCAAGUUUCUGUCAGAGGACACAUUAGCAGUCGGGGUGCAAUUCCUUGAAGGACGAGACCGAGCACCCAUUGAUCUGUACGACAUCAGUCCUACCGGAUUAUCGGUCAGACGACUUUCACAAACACUGUCAUUUUCCGAAUCCAUUCAUGCCAUCUCAGGGAGACAUAGCGCCAAUGUCAUUAUGCCACUGGACGACUUCGGGACGAGCACCCGCCGGCCAGGACAAAUCUUCCUGUCCGGUUGGUCCGACGGGAUCGCUAGACUUCACGACACACGGACACCAACACGCCCGGUUGCAGAGUACAUUGAUUUCGUGGACGACGGGCAGAUUCUGUCGCUGUUGUCCAUCGGCCACGAGCGGUUUCUUGCAGGGAGUUCGCAAAACGGGUGUCUCAAGACCUUUGACCUCCGCAUGCCAGGAGGACGAGUGUAUUCAUACCUCGAAGCUCGGUCUACAUCUAGCAGCAGCAGCAGCAGGCGUGUCGCAACCCCUGAUGUGCAACUCUCAACGGAGUCGCAGCCCUCGAACGCUCGACGAGACUUCAACAUCUUCCUCACCCCGCCUAUAAACCAUGGCGAACGGCUGUGGCAGCCACUCUCCCGCCGGCCCGGUCGACGAUUCAAUCGUUAUCGCGGUUCCGUCUACUCUCUGUCAAGCCCUUCACCCAUGUCACCUACCAUCUACGCCGGAAUUGAGAACCACGUCAUGCAGCUGGAUUUCGUAUCCACCGACGACUUUCGAAACGAUGUACCCGGUCUUGUCGAUCCGAUUCUGGGGCUUGACGAUAAGACGACCCACAUCUUCAACUUCUCAUGCUACGAGCGGCCACGAGAGGGCCGGGAGAGUACUGAUCCCGUGUUGUUGAGGAAACAGCUGAGUCUGACCAACAACGACCGGAGAGAUAGCCAGACUGGCCAGGGAGAGAACCACGGUAGUCACGGAGUGGUGGAGGAUGGAUGGGACGAGCGGUGGCGGUUGGAAACGUACGAUAGAACGCGAGGGCGGAAUCGGGAUUGGGGUCAGGCAAGAGGCUGA